AUGAUUCCCGAACAGAGAAAUUCAUUCAACAGUUUAGUAUCUACGAGGAAAACCGAGGGAUUUUUUAAACAAUUAAUCGAAGGACAUCUUUUUAAUAAUGAUAUUAAAUUUCGAGAAUUUUUCCGUAUAAAUAAAGAACAAUUUUAUUUUAUUUUAUUUUAUCAUUGGUCAAAAAAGAUCUUACAAAGGAACCAACUAUGCGAGUACCUGAACCAAUAUCCGCCGACGAAAAAUUAG